UUUGUGUACCUCUAGAGAGAGCUCGCGUCCCUCUCAUGGGACCUGUACCUCAAUUACUUUUGUGUACUGUACAAUGCAAAUGGGAUGACUCACUUGAGUUUUCUUUGCUGUACUUGGUUCUAGGUGCUAAAUGUGUCCCCAGAGCAUCCCGCAGCGACGUUGUCGCUCAGACAAGUACAGUGUCUGCGCCUCCUUGAGUCCGGCGAUGGUACUCUCCUAUCAGAGUCUGCCUUGGAGCAGCUCAACAGUGCUGUGAUGUUGAACCCCAACAAUAUUGCGGCGUGGCAUUGGUUAGCCGCGGUGUACAUCAGCCAGGGUCUGCUCGUGCAGGCAGUCAUGGUUCUCAGACAGAGUUUGCAGCUCGCCUCCCAGCUCGGCCAGCACAGCAGUCAAGUCGGCAGCCUGCUGCGUCUCAGCCUUCUUGCCCUGAGGCCCAGUAUGGCAGGUGUCCCUGGAAAUGACUGGAAGGAUCUGGUUCGACAAGCUACCACUGAAGCCUUGAAGCUGGGCUCUUCACCUGUGGCUCUCCUCUUCCAGGCCUUGCUCCAAUUUGUUACCAAGAUGGCUGCCAGGUAGGCAUCAUGCUAUUUUUUCCCCUUAAAAAAA